GCUCGUGGCGUUUGGGUGUGAGAGAAUUUCGCGCGCUCUCUCUCCAAAAUUACGUCGCUCGUAAAAUUGACGAUAUACAGAUGGAUUUCAGUGCAAUGUUAAACAGUUUUAAGUUUUAGCUCGCAAAUGGAGCGUUUUUAUGGAGUUCGGUGUGUGAUUAAAAUGUUUUAUUGUGACGGGAUUAUGUGAAAAAAGAUUUAUUGUGGUGUGGUUUGUGUCUAAUCCGUGUUAAAGAAUUCUGGGUAUUACAGUGUCUGUGCAGUAUAACAGGUACGGACCUUGACCAGUGACCAGUGAUUCAAUCCAGGUACUAAAUGCAUCGCAACGCAAGUGUUAAAAGUGAGAACAAGUGUUAGUGAUGUGCCACAUGAAAGUGCUUCAUAUCGAUAUCGAUAGAUACGACUUGUGUUGACAAUGCCGCUGUCGAGGUCGCAUGUGAUAUCGAGUGUGCUCUGCACUAUUCUGCUGCAGUACUGCGUCGAGAGUCAGCAGGAAAACCUUAUUGAGGAAGCAUCAUCGAUCGAGUCUCUCCACGCGCCAACUGGGGGUGGUGUGGAGCUUCCUUGUGACGUCACACCAGCGCUGCCAGACGAUCGGAUGGGCCUGGUCAUCUGGUAUAAGCAGGGCCACGAGUCGCCGAUAUAUACGUUGGAUACUCGAGAAGGCGUGACGUCACACUGGGCUGAUGCCACCCUUGGAGUGAGGGCCACCUUCCGGAGUGACACUAGACCUGCUGUGCUAGUCCUCACUAAAUUAAGGCCUGAAGACAGUGGACAGUACAGAUGUCGAGUUGACUUUAUCAAAUCGCCAACCAAAAAUACUAGACUGAAUCUCACUGUGCUAAUACCCCCAGAACGCCUGAUCGUGCUGAACCAUGAAGGCAACGAGAUCCGAGGUGGUGUACUAGGGCCUUAUGAUGAAGGGACCGAGGUUAACCUCACCUGCAUCGCUGUGGGAGGUCGUCCAACAGCGAGGGUGUCAUGGUGGAAGGCUCACGCACUCCUCGCCAACGCGGAGGCGAGGGCCACCGUCUCAUUCAGGCUGCAGAGGUCUGACUUCGGCACUGAUGUUACUUGUCAGGCUGUCACCGAUCCCCUGAUCGCUCCAGUUUCCGAAAACAUAUCCAUUGAUGUCAACUUGAGGCCACUCUGGGUCCGUCUCCAAGGUGGGAAGCGCCCUCUAGUGGCUGGCCAGAGCACAGAGCUGGUGUGUCAGGCUGUGGGAGCCAGGCCGAAGCCCACCAUCUCCUGGUGGAAAGGAGGAACCAGGCUAAAGACUGUUAGAGAGACGACCUCCACGGAUGGGAACGUGACCAGCAGCAUUCUGACCUUCGUGCCGACAAUAGAGGAUGCUGGCAGGGUCCUGUCCUGCAGAGCAGUGCAGCCCAGUCUACCACAUUCUACUCAUGAAGAUGGGUGGAAAAUGGAGAUACAACAUUUACCGGUAGCCAAACUGGAAUUGGGCGCUAACCUGGACGCCAGCAAGGUGGUGGAAGGAUCAGACGUGUACCUGGACUGCAGAGUACGAGCCAACCCAUGGCAUAACCACGUGUAUUUCACUCACAAUGGAGUGGUAGUGAAACCAGGUCCUGGAGUCCUACUCGCUAAUCAGAGCCUGGUGCUCCAGCGAGUGUCCAGAAAGGCUGCCGGUGCUUACGUGUGUUCUGCCAGGAAUGCUCUUGGUGAGGGGUCUUCGGAGAACCUGAUCUUGGAUGUGAAAUUUGUUCCAACCUGCAAGUCUACACAACCGAUCGUGGUGCGGGCAGCCCGGGGGGAGAUUAUUGAGAUCGACUGUGAUCUCGACGCUAAUCCUAAGGAGUCAAUGUCUUACCACUGGUGGUUCAACAGCUCGGCUCACAGCAAACACGAGCUCACCACAUCACCGAUGAGCACUGUAACCAAUCUUCCAGGUACCUACGUAUACAUGGUGAACACAUCAUCAGACUACGGCUGGGUGCAGUGCUCGGGAACCAACUCCGUGGGAAGGCAGACAAAGCCGUGCCUCUUUCAUAUACUACCAGCUGAUAAGCCGUCGACACCGAAAUCGUGUGAGAUCACCAACGUGACAUACGACUCUUUGACGCUGAACUGCACGCCAGGACAUGAUGGUGGCAUCCACCAGUCCUUCUUAUUAGAAAUCUUCGACAUGGCAACAGGGUUGCUACUCCGAAACGUUAGCAGUGAUGACCCUGAGUUUGAAGUGGCAGGGUUGUCAGCGAGCAAUUCUCUAGCAGUGUCCGUCAGAGCGUUUAACAAGAAGGGAUUUAGUGAAGCGCUAACCCUAACUUCUAGUUUGCUGAAAUACCCUCAACGGCAUACAGUUGUUGCAGCUCAAGUGCCAGUCAAGGUGGAACUGACAACGGUGCUGAUUAUCGUGCUGGGAGCCGUUGGAGUCAUCGCUACCAUGACAGCAGUACUAGCCAUCGUGUUCUGCUGCAAAUAUUGUAAUAAGCGAGAGAGGAAAAAUGAGAAGGACAAAAGGCAACAAGAUGAGACUUCAAAUAUACCGCUAACAGGAACCAAAGAGUCGGAAAGUGUCGAUAGUUUGGACAAAAACCCAGACAUCAUACCUUUAGACGGAAAAAUCAGCGACAGUUGCUCUAACAAAUCUUCUACAACCGACUACAGCUCAAUAAGGCCACUCAUAUCAAAAACUACAGACAAAUACGAUUUGUCUACAAACUGCGAUAGGUUCUAUGAUCAUAACAUAGACCCUUGCAACCAAUACAUACAAGUGCGCCCCAUGGAAUACCGACGACCAACCUAUGCGCCAACUUUACAAAUGCCCAACCUUGGCCCAAGCAUACAAAGUUUGGGACCAAUGAGCAGUUUGCAUAUGCCAAAUGUUGGCCCCAAUGAUUGCCACAGACAGCCUUAUGAUAAGGUUUACGAAGAUUGGUUGAAGUAUAAAAAUGCUUUGCCGUUGAAUACCAGUGGGUUGCUACCAGCAGAGCAGUUACUACCACCAGAGUUAUACGCCACUCCACCACCACCAUCUCUCUACAGCAACCCAAACAGAAACCCUCUAAACCUGACUCAAAUGCCUGAGUUAGAACCUAGGUACCACUUAGAACCUAGGUCUCUAGCUAUGGACUCCAGGAGUUGUUCUAGCUCGCCCCCUGUGAGAUUCAACCCUGAAAACAAUAGUGUGUACUACAGUAAAGGAGUUUUGGAUAGAACGACUAAUACAUUGCCACAUUUGAAACCUACUAGGAUUAAUGGCAACUCCCCAACGCAACUGCAGAGUGAUCCAAAAACUGUCACAAAAUCAACGGACACUUCGCUAGAACCAGUGAAAAUGGCAAAAGAGUGCGAAUGAGACAAAAAGUAUUAAGAGGACUGUCGAUCCUUUCAAGUACUUUACAAAUAAGGACAAAGUGUGGACUAGGUAAAAUGGCCUCGUGUAAGGCCAAUGGCCUAGGAAUAUUUGGCCUGUGUACCAUAUAAAGGUGUUGAGUGUACUUUAAUGUGUGAUAAACAUUUGUGGAAAUCGUUUUGGAACUUUGGACCCGUCCGUUGUGAUUUUAUUUUUGAUUUUCUAAUUAAAAAAGGUGAUUUUUGUUUUCUAAAAUUGAAAUAUACAUAAUUGUUACAAUAAAAUUAUUUGAUUAUAUUUUUUUCCCAAAAUUAAUUAACUUAUUCAUUAUUACGCCAAUAAAAUUCGACAUAAUAAUGUGAAAAAUUUGAUUAUUUCUAUUAUUUGAUUAUAUUAUUUUGAUUCUGUAUUAGAAUGAACGAUAAUGUCAAUUUGAUAUAACGAAACAAAAUGUCUAGAUUGUAAAAUAGUUUUGCAUCUUGUCAUAAGAUGUGUAAGACUGAAUUUGUGUAGCAAUUACACAUGUUUAGAUAAAACAAUUAUUUGAUUACAUUAUUGUAAUUAAUUAAUGAAAUAAUUAUCUAAGAUAAAAAAUAAUUACCGCGCAAAAUAAUUAUCUUACUAAUGAAAUAAUAAUUCGUUUGCAAAAUUGGAAUAUAUUAAAAAUCAGUGUUUGUUUUUACUAAUAAUACGAUUAUUUAAAAAGAAAUUAGCUAAACAGAAUAUAAAUAAGUACGUUGUGAAUGUAUAUAGUGUAAAUAUUUAAGUAUGUUAUACGAAAAGUUGCCAUAAUAGUUAAAUAGUUAAUAAAACAUGUAUAACUAAAACUAAAAAAUAAAUUAAUAUUGUCACAAAAUCGAGCUUUUAUGUUAUGAAUGAUAAUUUAAUUUCGUUGGCGAAAGGAAUGGCACGAAAUACGGAAAUGUACGUUAUCCGAAAAAUAUACGAAAAUAUGAAGAAACAACACUUGAAAAGUGUAAAUGUUAAAUAUCGUAUUGCAUGUUAAUCUACGGAUUUGUUAUUUUAAAAAAAGAUUUCGGAAUAUUGAAAGCUUACUCGUGAUGGGACAAGCUAUGUUGUUUAAAUGUAAAUUAUAUAAAAUAUUAUAUAAUUAUAUAAAUAAAUAAAUAAUUAAUGUGAUAACAAAAGGAUUCAAGGAUAAAACAUCUCAGUUCACGUUGGAAUUUUUAAUUUAUUUUCUCUUUCCAUAGUUUCCCUAUAUGGCCUAAAAUUUUUAAGUUAAAUAAUGGGUUCAUUCAUUUAUCAUUUACUUUACUAAAUUAUAAAAUAAAUUAAAUUUUAAAUUAUUCUCAUUUUCUAAUGUAAUAGAAUUGUAAAACAUGUCUUUCAUUACCGAAAUAUAAUUUUUAAAUUAAAAAAGACGAAAUGUUUUCGUAAUAUAAAUGGAAAAAGUUUGGAAAUUAUAAAAGAUAUUAUUCUUUGUUCAAAAACUUCGUGGACUGAGCACUGAGAUUAAUAAUUUAAAAUUUUAAUUUAAAUAAUUAAAAUAGUUUAUUUUCUUUUUUUAACAGUGUUUGAUUCAGACCAAAAUUUUACUGCGAAAUAGAGUUUAUUAUUAGAAUAUUAUUUUAUAAUGUAAAAAUAGUACCAUGACUUAGAUUUUAUAGAUGUAUUGGUAUAAGGUACAGUCGAUACAAAAAUUAUUAA